AUGGGACGACGAGAGACGGCCAGAGACUGCUGUCGGGCCGUAUCCGAUCCGAACCUGCACCGAGCCUCUGUCGCUCUCACCUUUGCCAACACGCGUGUCGACACGGACGCGCCGCAGCCGUGCAUCGCGGUUGCAAUUUCUCUCUCCUGGAGCUCUCAAUCACCUGCGCCAUGGCCAGCAGGACUGCACGACGCGCACAGGCUGGAGGCCAAAGCGCAGUCUGUCGCCCCUUUUGCGCCUGGCCCUUCCCCUGCAUCCAUUGCAGACUUUUCGGACUCAUCCCCUUUCGGUGCCGCGGUCGUCUCUUUGUCCUCUGUGACCCCGGUGAUGCCGGCAUCCGACGGCGAAGACGACUCUUACUCCACCGAACUCGAUCCAGCCUACCAGCUCUUCAACGAAGACCCUGAGCUCCUUUGCUUUUGCGACCUUGAGGACUACGACGACGUCGAGGCGGCGCUGGAGUCCAGAGCGGAAAUCCUUGAGGAGGACAUCGAAGAAUACGAAGCCGAAGCGGAGAAAGUUCGAUGGGAUCUCCGCCACCGUAUGGGCCUUUACGAUCAACAGUACCUGCAAAACCUCUCUCAAAAUUCGAGCCGAGCCCGACAGGCCGUCGAGCUUUUGCGACCCAGGAUCACGCAGCUCGUAUCGCAGCUGGACAUCUUCAGAAAAGCUCACUUGCUAAGGGACAAGAUGGCCGAGGACCAAGCGGCAGAGGAGCGAAGGAUGGACGAGAUUGCGAGUCUCCCCGAGCUCGCCUCCACACCUCAAGAGGCGUCGGCAACCUCGGAUCUUCAAGCCGCCUGGGAGCGAAAGGACUACGAGCUGGUGGUGCAGCUGGCUUCGACUCUGAUCGAGGACACCUCGGGCGCACCGGGCCGCGACGACCUCGACGGCGUUCGCCAGCUCUGUUCAGGCCUGCGACUCCGUCACAAGGCGUACGGGGCAAUGCGCCUGUACACGUUGGGCUAUGGAGACGCAACCAGGCUGGCGGAGCUUCUUUCGACGUUCGGUGCGGAGGUCCAAGCCGAAGACGGUCUCGAGAUGGAAUCUACGGCAGCGAACCAGUCCGAAUCGGCUACGCGGCGCAGAUCGGCUCGAAUCAGCCAGUCGCGCGGACAGAAGCGAUCGGCCACCCCCAAGGCCAACGCGGGUCAUCCGAGCAAGCGCAGCAAGAUCGCCCAGGCGGGCCAGCCCAAGCACACGAGCAAGAGCGAAAGGAUCAGCAUCAUCCACUUUCCAGUCGAGCUCAUCCUCAUGAUCGCCAACCAUCUCAGCAUCACGGAUCGCCUCCAUCUCGCCAACACUUGCCACGACUGGCGUCGCAUUCCGCAGCUGUGGCAGUCGCUCAAAUUCAAACGUAUCAAGGGCAUCGGCAGGGAGGGAUGGCACCGCGACACGGUACAGAUCUGCGUCGCAGCCAUUGAAAUCUGCCAGCGCCGCUCGCGCGGCGCCUUGACGUGCGUGAGGCUCAAAGGCUUUGUGACUCCCAGCAACGUUGGGCCCAUCCUCGACGUCCUCGGGCUCAGCAGCGCCAGCCUCCAGCACGUGGCCAUCCCUACGCUCGAUCAGAAACUGUGCUUUGACCGCCUCUACUACCGUUGCCCCAAUCUGACGGACAUCGACGUGCGCUUCGCGUGCACUGCGGAAGCAACCGUGGUGUCUCAGGAGGCACACCGCAUCACGAGUCCUUUCGAGUCGGACACCUUGCCGUUCCAGCUGCGCUCGUUCUAUUCGAGGUCGGAUCUGCCUUACGGUCCGCUCACAUCGCACAUGAAGGGGCUCCGGGUCGUGCGCUCGAUGGCGUACAAGAGGCAGAAGAAGCUCAGCUUUGUCGAGGGUCUCUUGCGGGCGGCGCCCACGCUGGUCGAGUGGUGGGACGACAUUGGCUCCGACUGGUACCAUUCCACCGUCAACCUUGGCGAUUACGGAAUCGAGCGGACUCCUAGCUCGCCUCUCGUCUUCCCCAAGCUCCGUCGCCUCAAUGCCCUCUGGAGCGAGAUCUUCCUCGACUGCGAGUUUCCCGCCCUCCGUGAGGCUCGGAUCAACUCGGUGCGCGGGCCCUCGACGCUGGAGCCCUCUACCAGCGAGACCUUUUCACGCGCCGCCGCCAUCAUCGCCGCCAGUCCCUUGCUCAAGAAGCUGGAGAUCCUGCUGCCUGCCGGCGUCGCGGCGCAGAAGCAGAUCUAUGUCGCCAUCGGCAAGCUGCGCCACCUCGAGGAUCUCACGCUGACCUCGACGGACAAUUCGCUCUCCCUGCGGACGCUGUUGAGUGCGGAGGAGCAGCUGGCCACGCCCAAGAGCCCCUCGCAGGAAAUCAUGCCCUCGCUGCACACCCUACGUCUCGUGCUCAAGACAAGCGGCCGAGGCAACGAGGCGGUGGUGAGCGAUCUGGUGGAGAUGCUGCUGAUUCGCUAUUACCGCAGGGAAGGACAUCCCUAUCAAGAGGCCAAGGAGAAGAUGCGGCAGGCUCGCCAAGCCCAUCGGACCUACCAGCUGAGCCUGACGAAGCCGCCGAAGCCUCCGAAGCCGCCGGCCAAGAAGACGGCCAAGAAGAAGAAGGGCGCCAGUGACGCGGCCGAGGAUGCGCUCGAGACGAAGGAAGACGUGAAGCCGCCGACGUUUGCGCCGGUGCUGCCGCAGCUCGUGCUGCCCUCGGAGAAGGUGUACGAUCGCGGCGAGAUGCGGUCGUGGUGGAAGACGAGCGAGAGCCUCUUGUCGCAGCUCGUCUUUCAGGUUGUCGAGGCAGAGAAUCCAAGGGAGUACAACGAAUCGACCCGCUCCGGAUCCAGGGCCUACUACUAG